AUGGCUUAUCCACUACAGGCUGCUGUCCACCAACCAUCAAGUGACUUGGAACGGGGCACAGGUGUUCGACCUGCCACAGACCCUGUGCAAUGGGGUCUUGCUCUGCCAACUAUUCAACGACUUCGGGUCGCACUCCAUCCAUCUCAAGGAGACCAACUGGAGGCCGCAGAUGCCCCAGGCGCAGGCAGUUGCGUGUUAUCAGAGUGCAAAUUGUUACAGCAGGCCGGUCACCAGGAGCUUACAUUCGGCAGACUGGAAACACCUCUGAGUUGGGAAGAACAAGAAGGGGCUCUUACUAAGCAGAUGGCACCUAAGUCAACAAGCGGGAAGGCACCCAGCAAGCAGCUGGCCACCAAGGAGACCUGCAAGAGCAUACCAGCCACAGGUGAUGUGAAGAAGCCGCACCACUACUGGCCUAGCAUUGUGGAGCUUCUCGGGAUCCACUGCUACCAGAAGUCCACCGAGCUGCUUAUCCGCAGGCUACCAUUCCAGUGGCUGGUGCUCGAGAUUGUGCAGGACUUCAAGACCCACCUGCACUCCCAGAGAUUGGCUGUCAUGGCACUGCAGGAGGUGUGUGAGACCUACCUGGUAGGGCUCUUCAAGGACACCAACUUAUGCAGCAUCCACACCAAGCGUGUCACCAUUAUGCCCAAGGACAUCCAGCUGGCAUGCAGAAUCUGCGGAGAGAGGGUAUGA